AUUUAAUUAAUCUAGAACAAGAGGAGAAAACAGCGUUUGAAAAAAGCUAUGCUAUGAAACAAACAACACCCUUUUAUAAAUUUCGUUUUAUUUUUCCUAUGUGUUUGGAAUAACUUUUCAUUCCUCUCUCGCUAUCUUCAAAUCCUUCCAUUUCCAUGAACCUUCUCCUCACGCUCCAACAAACGAUUUCGUAGAGCUGAAUAACUUGCAUAUCCGACUUUAAAAAUUGGUAUUGGAUCAAAGAUUAAGAACAACAACUUAUCUGCAAUCAGGUUGUUUGAUUAUAGAGGUUGUGCUAAGGUUUAGCUUGUACUUGAAGCAUAUUACAUAGUUUUGCAUAGAGAGAAUGGGUUAUAUUGGGUCUCAUGGUGUUGCAGCUCUGCAUAGAUACAAAUAUAGUGGUGUAGAUCAUUCCUAUGUGGCAAAAUAUAUACUACAGCCCUUCUGGACUCGCUUUGUUCACUUUUUCCCCCUAUGGAUGCCUCCGAACAUGAUAACUCUGAUGGGCUUUAUGUUCUUAUUAUUGUCUGCAACGCUUGGCUAUAUAUACUCACCUCAUUUGGACUCACCUCCUCCAAGAUGGGUUCAUUUUGCACAUGGGCUACUUUUGUUUUUGUACCAGACAUUUGACGCUGUUGACGGGAAGCAAGCUAGACGGACAAAUUCUUCAAGUCCAUUGGGGGAGCUGUUUGAUCAUGGGUGUGAUGCACUUGCUUGUACAUUUGAAGCACUUGCUUUUGGGAGCACAUCCAUGUGUGGAAGAAGUACUUUCUGGUGGUGGUUAAUAUCUGCAAUUACAUUUUAUCUUGCAACCUGGGAGCACUAUUUCACCAAUACACUUAUACUGCCUGUUGUAAAUGGACCUACAGAGGGUCUUAUGAUAAUAUACUUUGCUCACUUUUUCACUGCUGUCGUUGGUGCUGAGUGGUGGGCUCAGCAAUUUGGAAAGUCUUUGCCUUUUUUGAAUUGGUUGCCGGUUCUUGCUGAUGUCCCAACAUUCACAGCUAUAUUGUGUUUGAUGAUAACUUUUGGUGUUAUACCAACAGUCGCAUUCAAUGUUAUUAAUGUUUCUAAGGUUGUGAAGUCAAGAAAUGGAAGUAUAGCUCUUGCAUUGGCAAUGCUUUACCCAUUUGUUGUCCUUGUCGGAGGAGUGCUUUUAUGGGAUUAUUUGUCACCAUCUGACAUCAUUGCCAAUUAUCCACAUUUAGUUGUUAUGGGAACAGGACUUACUUUUGGAUAUCUUGUGGGAAGGAUGAUUUUGUCUCACUUAUGUGAUGAACCAAAAGGCUUAAAAACUGGAAUGUGCAUGUCCCUCAUGUAUCUCCCACUCGCAAUCGCGAAUGCACUUGCAUCAAAGCUAAAUGAUGGGGUUCCUAUAGUUAAUGAGAGACUAGUUCUUUUUGGUUACUGUGCAUUUACAGCAUCACUCUACUUGCAUUUCGCGACGUCUGUCAUUCGUGAAAUUACCAAUGCGUUGGGAAUAUAUUGCUUCAGGAUAACUAGGAAGGAAGCUUGAAUCUAUCCAUGAUUUGAUUUAGCUUGCAAGUAAAGAAAACUACUGGCAAGGGUUUAUGUCAAUACUAAUUUUGCUACAUGGAUUUUUUCAUUAUGUAUUGAUUCUUAGAUAGGCUAGGAGAUCUAUUUGUGGAAACUUAACUGUUUCACCAUUAUGAAUAUUAAUGUUACUUUCAAUAUGUAUUGGACUACUCUUUUGCAUAGAAUAUUUUUUUUAUGUAAUUUUUUAUUUUGCUUCC